AUGAAUUCCGUUGGAAUAGUUCUACUACUAGUGUCAUUACAAACGGUGCCUAAAUUGGUGAAUUCUCUUUCUUCCACGGUACACGCCGCUAAGCAACCGCCACUGUACGAGCUGGACGAUUGGAACAGGUGUGACAUUGCUCCCGGGAAAGAUUGGUACUGUGUGGUGCGUGUAAUACUGUCCGGCGAAGCAGUUACAAACUCGCGGUCCUACUUUGAAGUUCAUGAUCGUCGCCAUUUUCGAAGGACACUUCUCGAUCGUGGAAUUUGUUUGAAAGCUGCACAAAGAAUUGCGUCUAACGUUAGCGAGUUAAUCGGAACCAGUUUGCCCGCCUCAUGGAACCAAUCGGAUCGAUAUAUCUUGAACCGAGCGUACUUUCCUCGCUCGAUGCAUCCUGAUGUGUCGGCAGAGUGCGUUGCUAGUGAGGAGAUUAAUCGACGCCUGGUGACGCAGUAUCGUGAACUUACGGCGUACACGGAGAUAGAAUACUGCUUGAAAAGUGACCCAAAGCCACAGUUCGAGCAAGCGAUCGGUGUUACACUGGCAGUAGUGCUAGCGCUCGGCUGUCUUCUGCUGCUGAACGCACGUCAGUGGAUCGGCAAGGAGCUUCGGACACCUUCGGCAGAGCGUAAAUCGAUCAAACAGUUUGCGCUGUUCGAUUUGUACAAAUGCUUCGGUUCGGUUGGAGUAGUUCUAGCCCACUGUUGCCUCUUCGGCCCGUUUCUGGUACCGAUGGAAAACAUCGAACUACUGGAGGAAUUCAUAGCACACCCGAACGCGAAGGUAUGGCGCCUACUCUGCCCCUUUCUGAUGCUGGUGUUCUUCACGAUGAGUUCCAUGCUGCUUACGGUGAAGCUGCUGCAUACCGGUCCCACCCAUCGACCCACAUUCGGAGCGAUCGUUAUAAAUCGAUUGAUAAGACUGGUUCCACUCAAUCUGCUGAUGGUUGGAUUCGCGACGUUCGCGUACGAUCGCUUUAGCGGUGGUGGACCGCUCGGUUCGCGUCAGCUGAUCAUGGAGCAAGGUUUCUGCCGAUCGUACUGGUGGAUGAACGUGCUGUUCAUCUCUAACUUUAAUAUGCAUAAACCGUGCCUGCCAGACUCGUGGUACGUCAGUGCGGAUAUGCAACUGUACGUAGUGAUCACAUUGGCAAUACUGGCCAUAUUUAGAAAACCUAAACACACAGGGUUCAUCAUUACAUUCCUGAUCGUAUGCUCCUUCCUUGGACCAUUCCUCACAGUGCUGUUUACUGAUUUUGAUCCCGUUGGUCCUUCCAAUCUGCACGAGAUGCGUUUCUUUCUACUCGAUAGCAACUUUAUGGCACAACUUUAUACACCUUUCUAUAACAAUCUUGCCUGGAGUGUUAGUGGCAUGGUAGCUGGAAUCGUCUACGAUCAAUGCCAACGGACCGAUCCCAACUCCGAAACUCGAAAGAAGAUGUUACACAACUUGCAUCUUGUAAUUUUGUUUUUGCUCGUAAUUCUCGGGCUCUCUAUAUCCGUUACGAUCACUGCUUCCGAGGAUGAAUCUCAGCAUAAUCGUUGGUGGUUAGCAGUUUGUUACUCUAUGUACAAACUUUGCGCAGCAUCCUUCUUUGGCGCAUUCUUCCUGCGCAUAAUACUUGCAGAAAAAGAUAUUUACAUCCCACCGAUCGUUAGAAUGGGUGCGACGCUUUACUACUGCAUUUACUUUAUUCACUUUCCCAUCAUGCGAAUCGUUUAUUGUAGCGAUGUGAUUAGAGAGACAACAGUAACUCCCUUCUUUCUGAUUCGAAAAUCACUGAAGGUGUUUGGAAUAACGUACGUUCUCUCCGUACUGCUGCACUACACAUACGAAAAUUCUGCAAUCAAAGUACUACGACGGAUAUUCUUCUUCCGAUCUUGA